AGCCCAGCUGGACUAGAGUCUGGCCCUUUAAGGGCCGCCCCUGAGGAGGUGCCAGGCCCUGGUGGCUCCAGUCUCUCCUUCCUGGUCCUGCGGGGCAGGGACUAUCCGUGAGGCUGUGAGAGGGGGUCGUGCCUGGGGCUCGCCCAGGUGUCCCGGGCCUGAGUCCAUGGCCCUGGUGACAGUGAGCCGCUCGCCCCCGGCCAGCGGCCACUCCACGCCUGUGGGGCCCACGGACAGGGCUGCAAGGCACAGAAGCCAGCUCCAGCGCAGGCAGAGCUUUGCCGUGCUGCGUGGGGCUCUCCUGGGACUGCAGGACGGGAAGGACAGUGGUAAUGCAGCCGAGGCCGGCUCUGAGCCAGCGGAGGAACCUCAGGAUGAAGAGCAGCCUGUUGGGGACCAGACAGACAACGGGCAAGGGCCCCAGAAACAGGAGCAGAGGCAGCACUUGCACCUCAUGGUGGAGUUGCUGAGGCCACAGGAUGACAUCCGCCUGGCAGCCCAGCUGGAGGCAGCCCGGCCUCUGCGACUCCGCUAUCUGCUGGUGGUUUCCACAAGAGAAUGCCUGAGCCAGGAGGAGACAGUCCUCCUGGGGGUGGACUUCCCUGACAGCAGCUCCCCCUGCUGCACCCUAGGUCUGGUCUUGCCCCUCUGGAGUGACACCCAGGUGUACCUAGAUGGAGAUGGUGGCUUCAGUGUGACAUCCGGUGGGCAGAGCCGAAUCUUCAAGCCCAUCUCCAUCCAGACCAUGUGGGCCACGCUCCAGGUGUUGCACCAGGCAUGUGAGGUGGCUCUGGGCAGUGGCCUCAUACCCGGCGGCAGUGCCCUCGCCUGGGCUGCCCACUACCAGGAGAGACUGAACUCUGACCAGAGCUGCCUCAACGAGUGGAUGGCUAUGGCUGACCUGGAGUCCCUGCGACCUCCCAGCGUAGAGCCUGGCCAGCCCUCAGAGCAGGAGCAGAUGGAGCAGGCGAUCCGGGCUGAGCUGUGGGAGGUGCUGGACACCAGUGACCUGGAGAGCAUCACUUCCAAAGAGAUCCGCCAGGCCCUGGAGCUGCGCCUAGGACGCCCUCUCCAGCAGUACCGGGACUUCAUUGAUAACCAGAUGCUGCUGCUCAUGGCCCAGCAAGACAGGGCUUCCCGCAUCUUCCCCCACCUCUACCUGGGCUCUGAGUGGAACGCGGCCAACCUGGAGGAGCUACAGAGAAACAGGGUCAGCCACAUCUUGAACAUGGCCCGGGAGAUUGACAACUUCUACCCUGAGCGCUUCACCUACCACAAUGUGCGUCUCUGGGAUGAGGAGUCAGCGCAGCUGCUGCCCCACUGGAAAGAGACACACCGCUUCAUUGAGGCUGCGAGAGCACAGGGCACCCGGGUGCUGGUCCACUGCAAGAUGGGUGUCAGCCGCUCGGCCGCCACGGUGCUGGCCUACGCCAUGAAGCAGUACGGCUGGAGCCUGGAGCAGGCUCUGCUCCACGUGCAGGAGCUCCGGCCCAUUGUCCGGCCCAACCCUGGCUUUCUGCGCCAACUACAGACCUACCAGGGUAUCCUGACUGCCAGCCGGCAGAGCCACGUCUGGGAACAGAAAGUGGGUGGGGGCUCCCCAGAGGAGCCCUCGGCCCCCGAAGUCUCUACACCAUUCCCACCUCUUCCACCAGAACCAGGGGGCAGUGGGGUAGUUAAAGCUAUGGGCUUGGAGGAAAGCCAGGCAGCCCCAAAAGAAGAGCCAGGGCUGCGGCCGCGCAUCAACCUCCGCGGGGUCAUGCGGUCCAUCAGUCUUCUGGAGCCCUCCACAGAGUUGGAGGGUGCCUCCGAGGCCAGUGACCUCCCAGAGGUUUUUUCCUCCCAUGAGUCUUCAGAUGAAGAGCCUCUGAGGCGCUCCCCUCAGCUCUCAGGGGCUAAGGGAGGCCGGCAGGCCCAAAAGGGGUCUUGGCCUGCCCUGAAGUCUCGCCAGUCUGUGGUUGCCCUCCAGAGUGCUGCCCUCGUAGCCAGCCGGACGCGGGCCUUCCAGGAGCAGGAGCAGGAGCAGGGGCCGAAGGCUGGAAUAUCCUCCACACCUAGGCUUCGGAAGGUGGUGAGGCAGGCCAGUGUGGACGAAAGCAGAGCAGAGGGCGAGGCCUGACCUCACACACGCCUUCUCCCCUUAGGCUUUAAACAGAGAAACUGAUCCACUGCCCUCAGCAAGCACCCCUCACACCUGCGGCCCGCACACACUCCCUUGAGCUCCUCCUGGCAGGACCACCCAGACCCUGUCACCACAGCACCUCCUACAGCCUUAAAUCUCAAACCACCCGUCAAGGGCUCAAAACUUUCUUUUUUCUUUUUUAUGGUAUCGGGAUUGAACUCAGGGGCACUCGACCACUGAGCCACAUCCCCAGCCCUGUUUUGAAUUUUAUUUAGAGACAGGGUCUUCCAGAGUUGCCUAGCGCUUCGCCAUUGCUGAGGUUGGCUUUGAACUUGUGAUCCUCCUGCCUCAGCCUCCCGAGCCACUGGGAUUACAGGUUGCACCACCGCGCCCGGCAAGAGCUCAAAAUUUUCUACUGGGGUGUGGGUAGAGUGAAUGAAGGUGCCUUGGGGAGGGCACCCUAGUUUCAUUCUCAACGCUCCCUAAAAUAUUCACUUGCAGUCACGGAAUCAAAAAUAGAGCUUUUAGGGCAAAUUUUCUGGCUCAGGCCCCAUCUCAACUCCUGUACAUCCCAUCCUGGUCCUUCCACCCUCACCCACUGUCAUGGAACCAGUGGUCCCCAAAGGCAGAAAGGACCCUCAAUCCCCAGCCCCAGAGGCUCCGAGGGAGCUGGCAGGUCAACUUCACACACUUCACAACUGGCCUGCUGCUGCCCUCAGUCCUCCCAUGGCCCUCAGUGGUUCUUGGGGGAUCAGGCCAAAGAGCCGCCUUCUGUCCUUUGUGGCCUCUGGCCAGUUUUUCAGAAUUAUAGUAUCUGACUUUGUACUGAGAAAUAAAAAAAAUUUUUCACAUUGUGAUUUUA